ACCCCGCCCCCGCCGGGAAAGCGCGCGCUCUCGGGGAGCCGCUGCUCAGCCGCGGGCGGGCACGGAAACCGGAGCGAAGCCGGCGGCAUCUACGAAGCCGGCCGCCCAUGCCCCGCGCGCUGGGCCCGCGGCCUCCGGAGCGCUGCGCUGCGCCCGGCCCGGAGGGGCAAGGCCGGGUGGAGCCGCCCGGUGGCUGCGGGGAUGCGGGGCUGGCGCAGGAACCUCGCGCUCUGCCUGCAGCGGCUGCCGGACGAAGACGAUGGGCCUUACUCAAAAGGAGGGAAGGACGGAACAGGGGUUGACGGGGCCCUGGUGUGCCGCCGCCAGAGCAUCCCAGAGGAGUUCCGGGGCAUCACCAUGGUGGAGCUGAUCAAGCGUGAGGGCAGCACUCUGGGCCUGACUAUCUCGGGAGGCACUGACAAGGACGGGAAGCCCAGAGUCUCCAAUCUGAGACCUGGGGGCCUGGCGGCCAGGAGUGACCUACUGAACGUGGGCGACUACAUCCGCUCAGUGAAUGGGAUCCAUCUGACCCGGCUCCGGCACGACGAGAUCAUCACCCUGCUGAAGAACGUGGGCGAGCGCGUGGUGCUGGAGGUGGAGUAUGAGCUGCCCCCGCCCGCUCCCGAAAACAACCCGAGGAUCAUCUCUAAGACGGUGGAUGUCUCCCUCUACAAGGAAGGCAAUAGCUUUGGCUUUGUUCUCAGAGGAGGUGCCCAUGAGGACCGGCACAAGUCCCGCCCAUUGGUCCUGACUUACGUGCGACCUGGUGGCCCAGCAGACAGAGAAGGCUCCUUGAAGGUGGGUGACAGACUGCUCAGCAUAGAUGGGAUCCCACUGCAUGGGGCCAGCCACGCCACUGCCAUAGCCACCCUGCAGCAGUGCAGUCAUGAGGCCCUUUUCCAGGUGGAGUACGACGUGGCCACCCCAGACACGGUGGCCAAUGCUUCAGGCCCAUUGGUGGUAGAAAUAGCCAAGACCCCAGGUUCUGCCCUGGGGAUCUCUCUCACCACCGGCUCCCACCGGAACAAGCCAGCUAUCACCAUUGACCGCAUCAAGCCAGCCAGCGUGGUGGACAGGAGUGGUGCCCUGCAUGCUGGAGACCACAUCCUGGCCAUCGAUGGCACUAGCACAGAACACUGCUCACUGGUGGAGGCCACCAAGCUCCUGGCCAGUGUAACUGAGAAAGUACGGCUGGAGAUCUUGCCUGCACCUCAGAGUCGUCGGCCCCUCAAGCCCCCAGAGGCAGUAAGAGUACAGAGGAGCGAACAGCUGCACCGCUGGGAUUCCUGCAGCCCCUCUUGCCACAGCCCAAGGACAAGCCACUGCAGGGCCCCCACCUGGGCACCUGGAGGCCAGAACCAGAGCCGAUCCUUGUCCUCAACUCCCUUCUCCUCACCAACCGUGAACCCCGCCUUUCCCUGUGCCAAUGCCAGCACCCUGCCCCGAGGACCCAUGAGCCCCAGGACCACAGCCGGGCGGAGGAGGCAGCGAAGGAAAGAACACAGGAGCUCUUUGUCACUGGCCUCCAGCACGGUAGGGCCAGGCGGGCAGAUCGUUCAUACAGAGACCACAGAAGUUGUGCUCUGUGGAGAUCCCCUCAGUGGCUUCGGCCUCCAGCUCCAGGGAGGCAUCUUCGCCACGGAGACCCUGUCCUCUCCACCGUUGGUGCGUUUUAUUGAACCUGACAGCCCCGCUGAGAGGUGUGGUCUGCUGCAGGUGGGGGACCGUGUCCUGGCCAUCAAUGGCAUCGCCACUGAGGAUGGGACCAUGGAAGAAGCCAACCAAUUGUUGCGGGAUGCCGCACUGGCCCGCAAAGUUGUUUUGGAGAUCGAGUUUGAUGUGGCAGAAUCUGUCAUCCCAAGCAGUGGGACCUUCCACGUGAAGUUACCCAAGAGGCGUGGCGUGGAGCUGGGCAUUACCAUCAGCUCAGCCAGCAGAAAGCGAGGGGAACCCCUGAUCAUCUCCGACAUCAAGAAGGGCAGCGUGGCGCACAGGACUGGCACCCUCGAGCCAGGCGACAAGCUGCUGGCCAUUGACAAUAUCCGCCUGGACCACUGUCCCAUGGAAGACGCUGUGCAGAUCCUGCGCCAGUGUGAGGACGUGGUCAAGCUGAAGAUCCGGAAAGAUGAGGACAACUCAGGAGCCUGUCCACUCUUAGAUGAGCAGGAGAGCACAGGCGCGGUCAGCUACACGGUGGAGCUGAAGCGCUAUGGUGGACCCCUGGGCAUCACCAUCUCCGGCACUGAAGAACCUUUUGACCCCAUCAUCAUCUCUGGCCUCACAAAGCGUGGCCUGGCUGAAAGGACUGGCGCCAUCCACGUGGGGGACCGCAUCUUGGCCAUCAACAGCGUGAGCCUCAAGGGCCGGCCCCUGAGCGAGGCCAUCCACCUUCUGCAGGUGGCAGGGGAAACUGUCACACUGAAGAUCAAGAAGCAGCUGGACCGUCCCCUCCUCCCCCGCCAGUCAGGCAGCCUCAGUGAGGCCAGUGAUGUGGACGAGGAUCCCCCCGAGGCCCUCAAGGGGGGCUUGCUGACAGCCCGCUUCUCACCUGCCGUACCCAGUGUGGACAGUGCUGUGGAGUCCUGGGGCAGCUCUGCCACAGAUGGUGGCUUUGGGGGCUCAGGCUCCUACACCCCACAGGGGGCGGCAGUCCGGAGUGUGACUCCCCAGGAGUGGCAUUCCAGCAGACUGAAGAGCAGCCCCCCACCCCUUGAGCCCCGGAAGACAAGCUACACACCUGGCCCCACUGAUGAGAGCUUCCCAGAGGAGGAGGGGGACUGGGAGCCGCCGAUGAGCCCAACCCCUGGCCCCGCCCGAGAGGAGGGCUUCUGGAGAGUGUUUGGAGAGGCCCUUGAAGACCUGGAGUCCUGUGGUCAGUCGGAACUGCUAAGGGAGCUGGAGGCUUCCAUCAUGACAGGCACUGUGCAGACUGUAGCCGUGGAUGGCAGGCCUGGCUCUCGACCCUGGCGCCGGAGCCGGGAGGUCCGAACAUCCUCUGAAGACCUGCAGGAGCUGCUGUUGCCAACGCCCCUGGAGAUGCACAGGGUGACCCUGCACAAGGACCCGGUGCGGAAUGACUUUGGCUUCAGCGUCUCAGAUGGCCUCUUGGAGAAGGGUGUCUAUGUCCACACUGUGCGUGUUGAUGGGCCAGCCCAGCACGGAGGCCUGCAGCCCUUUGACAGGCUCCUGCAGGUCAACCAUGUUCGCACUCGGGACUUCGACUGCUGCCUGGCGGUUCCACUCUUGGCGGAGGCUGGAGACAUCCUGGAGCUGGUUAUCAGUCGUAACCCACUAGCACAGAGUCGCCGGACACCACGAGCACCAGGCCCCAGCAGUCCCCAGAUGCUCUGAGGUCAUCACGUAGCUCAGCUGGAGGAGUGGCCCCCACUCAUCCACUUGUGGGUCCACAGAUUCCACACUCGGCAGAGUGGAAUCAUCAAGUCGGAUCUUCAAGAUGUUCGGUGAACCCCACCUAAAAGUGGUCAGCCCUGCUGCUCAGCCAAGAGAGAGUUGGGAUUCCUCCAGAUCCCUGCACAGUCACCUUGGAGCAGUGACAGGAGCGGGGACAGCCCUGCUCCAUGUGUCCAGUGUUUCCCAUCCUGAGGAGAAGAAGCAGAAGGACAGUCCUGAACUGUGGCAGGAAAUGUUCGGUGAUCCAGCUAUACAGGUGGUACCCAGUCACACAGCGACCCUGCCACCAGGAAGGAUGUGGCACAAGGAGGAUAGUGUUCUCCCUUCUCCCAAAUCUUGGUGUUCUGAGAGCCUCCAGCAUCUAAUGACCACACUGGGAAACCCCAGUUAGGAACAUCUGGGGUGCCAGAGAAUGCUAGCCCCUUCCUUCAGGUUGGCGGCUCAAUUCUUUCAGCUUCGUGGGUGACUCUGGACCCCAGAGCAGAGCUGUGGCCAUCAAUCCCUCCUGCUCCACAAAACCUUAGUGCAAGUCACUGCUCGGGGUGGAAAAGUCCAGGAGCGUCCACUCACCUGAUAUUCCAACUGUUACAGAAACAAGGCUGAGUCGUAGCUCUGCUGCCACCCCUACCAGUGGAGGGGAGAAGGAGGAAAGAGAAGAAGCUGAGAUGGAGGGAAACCAGCUGAAGGACAAGAGAGUAGCAAGAGGGAGCAAUGUCCAAAGAGGCUAUCCAAGGAGGUCCCCACUUCACAGCUGGGGGUACCAGCAUCCCUUAACUCGGGCUUCCUCCAUCUCUGCCAAGCAGAACCCUUUCAGCUUCAAGCAGGACAUAAGCCACCUCCCCGUGGUGUGGGCUGGUCUGGGGAUUGGCUCUGUGUUUACCCAGUUCAAGAUCUCAAGGAUCCAGGGGCCUCCAACCCUACCCCAUCUCGCCUUCUCUGCCCUUGAAACUCAUUGCCAGAGAGACUCCCUAUUCAAGAGGACAGAUGGGGGCCCAAGAAGCCAUUCUUUGCUCCUGGUUCCCUUCGUGGCUGUGUGACCUUGGGUGAACCUGAGCAGAUGCCGGGCCAUCUCCACCUACUCACUGACACCCCUUGGCUCUCUGCUCUUCCACGGCUUCCCUACUACCUUGCCCUUUGUGAUUGCUUCCCCUGGUCCCUCAGGCCUGGGUCCAAGUAACCCAGCACCGCUGCUCUCACUGCCCCAGGGUACAAAGAUACCACUCACUUACCGUGGGCAACAAACAAGUCUAGAUCUUCAGCUUCAAGGGCAGGUUAACGACACAGCAGAGAGGUGACUCCUGGCCACCAGUACCUGAUACUAUGUGAUCUUGGGCAGAUGGCUCAGUCUCUCCAGGUUUCUGGUAUGUGACAUAACUUGACUGUACUGUAAGGGCCUCUUGGCUUGGGAAAUCUGUGUUCCACUCAAAGACUCCAGGCUCUGAAAAUACAACUACCCCACCCCUGACCUCCCCUCGGGCUGAGGCUCUCCCAUCUUCCCAGACGUACGCAACUAGGCCAAGCGGGUGGACCUCCUGGCCAUGGCCUGAGGCCUUCUCAUAUGCAAUACCUACCCCCGGCUUCUCACAGGGGUGUUUGCCCACGCAACAUCCCUAGCUUCCUCCCCAGUAAGCAACCUGCCUGCCUAUGCAUUUUGGGUACCUCCCCUGUGACACCCCUGCCCCACCCCCAGAGCUGUAUUUUUCUCUGGCUAAUAAUAGAACAUAUUCCUUGUAAAGUAUUUUUCUAUAUGGGUUUUCUUAGGGCUCCCAGGAAGCACCCAGCACACCCAUGGCUCCAUUGCACAGGCUGGUCUGUCUGAUCUGUCUGGGGCCUACGGCUAAAUCUUUGUCCCACCAGGUAUCAGUGACUGAGGGGGAGGUGAGUGCUAUUGGGAUGAAUUUUUAAUAAAAUUGAUUAAAUGCA